AAAAUGAAUAUAUAUAUAUAUAUAUAUAUAUAUAUAUAUAUAUAAUAUAUUUAUUGUAUAUAAAUAUAUAAUGUCAUCAUUGAAAAUAUAAGAUAAUAAAUUUAUCUUAUUAAUUUUUCUGCUUGUAUUGCGGUUGUUAUGGAAAUAAAAAAAAAAGAAAGGCAAUUACAAAUCCGAAAAAUGACGAUCAUAAUUAAAAAAAAAAUAAGGUUCGUUUUAUAUCCUAAUUCAAUGAUUGUUACAUUGAAUGGAAAUUAACAUUCCAUAAUAUGCUGAAAAGUUAAUUAAUUGAAAAUUAACUUGAAAGUGAAACAUUUAUAAUUGAACAUAUUCCGUACUAAAAAAAAAUAUACUAUCGGCAUUAUUCAUUACAAUAUGAUUUGUAAUUUGUUUAAAGUAUUGUAAAUUGUUUAAAAAACUUAUUUAAUAUAUUAGUAUUAGAAUAAAUUAGAAGCAAAAAAAUACAAAUAAUGUGUUUUUAAUAAUAUUCCUUAUUUUUUUGUAAUUAUAGAUUUUAUUAAAGACAAGUACAUUCAUUCAAUAAUGCAAAUAAUGUGAAUGAAGUAAAAAAUAUUGUUGUGUUAGAGAUAAAAUUAUUUUAUCUAUAUAGAUAAAUAUAUAAUAUUUAUAUAAUUUUAAUUCUAAAUUAAAUUAUUAUAUAUAUAUAAUAUAAAUAAUUGUUAUAAUAUAUAUUGAUUUAUACAAUGUUUUUUUUUUCAAUUUUAUUUUUAUUAAAUGCACUUAUAAAAAUAAAUUAAUGUUGUAAUAAAAAAAAAUAAUACUGUGUGAAUAUAUAUAUAAUAUAUACAUAAUAUGAAUAUAUACAUAAGAGAUCCUACUACAAAAGUUUAUAUAUAUAUAAAAUUAUUGUGAAUCAAUAUAUGUAUUGAAAUUCAAUUUAAUAUUUCUAUUAGGUUUAAAAGAUUUUAAUUUAUUUAUUUAAGUGCACUAAAAUACUUUAAAUAUAUACAUUUUCAUUCAUUAAUAAUUAAUAUCUUAUUAAAAAAUAUUUAAACUUAAUUAAACUUAAUAAUUAAAAUUUUUAUGUAAAGAAACUUGAACAUUCUAUAAUUUUGUCACAUUAUAGAUCUAAAAGUUUAUCAUUGGAUUGCAGCUCCAAUAGAGUUAUAAUAUAAUAUUCUCUUAUUUAUGUGAACAUGAGGUAUUAAAAGAUAGCAAUUUAUAUAUUAAAAGAUCCCUAUUACUAUUUUGCAAUUAGAUAUCAAUUAUGAACUAUGUAAUUGAAUAUAUAUACAUAUAUGUAUAUGUAUAAUAUUCCCUUUAAUAUCUUAUAUAAAUUUUAGCCUUAUAUUAUAAUUAUUAAAUUGUAAAUUGAAAAUAUUUAUUAAAGAACAUUCAAUUUUUAAUUAAAGAGAAUAGUGCUUAUUUCUAUUUAUAAACAAACAGAAAAGUUUAAUUUUUUGUAUUGUUUUUUUUUGUUUCAUCUUUUAUUAUCUUUUUUAUAAAUUUUUUAGAAAUUAAUAAAUUACAUUCUUCCUGAAAAAGAAAAACUAAUUAUCUUAUAUAAUAUAUAUAUUACCUAUAUACCUCUGCUUUAUCAUUAAAGAUAAAAAACAAACUCAGGAAAUGCAUCUGGAAUAUCUUUAAAUUUAAGAUUAUUAUUAAAAUAACUUAUAAAAUUAUAUAAUUCUUAUUCUUUUAAAAAAUUGUAUUUUUGUUAAUUAUUAUUUAAAUUAGAAUAAGAAAUUAAAUAAAAUAUUUCUAUUAAAUUAUAUAUAUAAUGAAGUAAUAUAAAAAGAUCUAUAUAUAAUAAAAAAAUAAUAGAUUAACAAAUAAAAGUCUAGAUAAGAUAAAAAAAUAAAGGCUUAAUCAAAUCAAAAAUUUCAUAUAAUAUUAAUACCAAUUGUCUAUUCUUGAAUAUUAUAAAUAAAUAUUCCUGAAUAAUUAAAAAGAAAAAACUGAUUCUUUAAUUAGUUAUCAUAUUUUAUAUUAUGCUAUUAAUAAUUUUUAAUUAAGAAUACUAAGAUACUAAUAAAUAAGUCUUUAAAGAUAAAUUAUUUAAUAUUUGCGAACCAGGUUAAACGACUACCAGUACAACUCUAAACGAAGUUUUUAAUAGUUUUAGAAUUAUUCUGAUUUGAUUUAAAUCCAUAACAUGUUAAUAUAAUUAUAUUUCUGUUAGUUAAAAUAAAUAUAUUUAAUUAUAUACCUCAAUUUUUGCAGAUAAUAUUUGUUUUUUAAAUUGAUAUAAGAAAUAUUAAAAAUGAUCGCAAGAAAGAAAAUGACAGUUACUAUAAAAGCCAUGUUUACUUCGUUAAAACGGAAAUUGAUAUUUGAUAGCAUUUUCUAUAUUGAAUAUAAUAAAUCUUUUUUAGAAAAUUCUUAAUAUAUCUUAUAUAAAUAUCUUUAUAUCUUUAUAUAAAUAAUGUUCAUUCAAUAAGAAAAUAUUAUAUUUAAUUAUAAAUUCUGUUUAUUAACAUUCAUUUUUCAAUUUCAAAAAUUAUUUUAUUCAUAUAUUUAAUUUUUUUUAUAAUUUAAAUAUUUUGUAAUAUAUAAAUAUAAUUAUAAUUGUAAUUCACAUAUAUUUUUAUAAUUCCAUAAAAUGUUUUUUAUAUAUACAAAUAGUAUAUAUUUAAAUUUAUAGUAAAAAUUGGUAAUUAGUUUUUCAACUUAAAUGUCAUGCGUAGUAAACACAUCCUGUGUGUGUGAAAAUGGCGCUUUCUUGUGCAAUUUCUAACGAAGUCCCGGAGCAUCCGGUCGUAUCUCCAGUAUCUGGUUCUAUAUUUGAAAAGAGAUUAAUUGAAAAAUAUUUAGCCGAAAAUGGAGUAGAUCCUAUAACUGGAAAGGAAUUAACUGCAGAUCAACUUAUUGAUAUUAAAACCACUGCAAUAGUUAAACCUAAACCACCAAGUGCUACUUCAAUUCCAGCUAUAUUAAAAAUUUUACAAGAUGAAUGGGAUGCUGUUAUGUUACAUUCAUUUACACUUAGACAACAACUUCAAACAGCUAGACAGGAAUUAUCUCAUGCAUUAUAUCAACAUGAUGCAGCAUGUCGUGUAAUUGCUAGAUUGACAAAAGAAGUAACUGCUGCUAGAGAAGCUUUAGCUACUUUGAAACCUCAAGCAGGAAUUGUUCAGGCUACUACCAUUCCACAACCUGCACUUGCAGUGGAAGCUGGUGGUACAGCUGCUCAGCCUAUGGAGCAAGCUGGAAUUACUGAGGAUGUAAUACAAAAACUUCAGGAAAGAGCCACAGUACUAACACAGGAAAGAAAACGUCGUGGACGUUCAGUUCCUGAAGAUUUACUUCCACAAGAUAGUAUUCGCGCAUUUCAAACACUUGCAUCGCAUCCUGGUCUCCAUUCAGCUAGUGUUCCUGGUAUACUUGCACUUGAUAUCCACAGUGCAGAUACUAGUAAAAUUUUAACAGGUGGUGCUGAUAAAAAUGCUACAGUAUUUAAUAAAGAUACAGAACAAGUUGUUGCAAUAUUAAAAGGACAUACUAAAAAGGUUACUAGAGUAAUUUAUCAUCCAGAAGAAGAUAUAGUAAUGACUGCAUCACCUGAUACUACAAUACGUAUAUGGAAUGUAGGAACUAGUCAAACAACAUUGCUAUUGAAAGCUCAUGAUGCUCCUGUGACUGGACUAUCUUUACAUCCAACAGGAGAUUAUUUAUUAAGUUCAUCUUUAGAUCAACAUUGGGCAUUUUCAGAUAUACGUACUGGUAGAUUAUUAACUAAGGUUGCUGGACAAGUUAGUCAACCUUUAACCACAGCGCAAUUUCAUCCUGAUGGAUUGAUCUUUGGCACUGGUACUCAAGACUCUCAAGUGAAGAUUUGGGAUUUAAAGGAACAAUCAAAUGUAGCUAAUUUUCCAGGUCAUUCAGGUCCUAUCACGGCAAUUAGUUUUUCUGAAAAUGGUUAUUAUUUAGCUACUGCUGCAGAAGAUUUUUGUGUAAAACUUUGGGAUUUGCGUAAAUUGAAAAAUUUCAAAACUCUUCAAUUAGAGGAAUCGUAUGAAGUUAAAGAUAUCUGCUUUGAUCAAAGUGGAACAUACCUAGCAGUAGCUGGAACAGAUGUAAGAGUGUAUUUGUGUAAGCAAUGGCAAGAACUGAAAGUGCUUAAUGAUCACACGGCAGCCGCAACUGGUGUUCGUUUCGGAAAACAUGCGCAAUAUAUAGCAUCGACUAGUAUGGAUAGAACUUUAAAACUUUAUGGAUUACCUUAAAUAAUUAGUAAUAAAAAUAUAUUAAUUUAAGAACAAAUUAAAUUAGAAUUUGUAGUAUAAGUUUAUUAUGAAAGUAAUGACAAAUGAUUUUAAGAAAGAUCAUUUGAUUUAUAUUUAAGAAUUACUAUGAAUUCUUUAAAAGAAUUUUGAAUAUAAGAUACUUCAUAACAAUAAAUUUGAGUGCAGUUAUUAUAUAAAUAUUUUUUUAAAAUUGUUAUAAAUAAUGCACUCGUAAUUGAUAUUAUUUUUCUGUUAUCUAUUUUGAUUGAAAAGUUUAAUAAUAUCAAUGUAUUCAAAUUGAUUGUUCAAAUUUUUGUACAUCUAUUUAUUCGCUUAAUUUUGAAAACAAAAGUUCUAAUUGAAAGAUAUUUAUAAAUUAAAUUUUAUAUUCAUAUUUGAUUUCAACUUAAUUUUGAUGUGGAUUUUAAAAUUAAUAUCUUUACACUAAUAAUAUAAUAAUAAUAAUAAAUAUUAAUAUUUUAUAUAAUUCUUUAAAUUUUGAUUGAAGAUUAUUAAUUUAUCAAAAAUGAGUAAAGAAAUAUUAAAUUACAUUAAAUAUAUAAUUUAAAUUUAAUUAUAUGUAUAUUAUGAAUGUAUAUGAUGAAUUUCUUUUCAAUGUUCAUUUAAACAAAGUACAAAAUAUUAAAUAGUAGUAUAUAGUAUUAUAAAAUUAACAUUAUUUUUGUAGAAAAAAUGUAAAACUUUUUCGUUUGACAUGUGUUAACUAUUCAGGAUAUCAUUUAAAAUAAUGAAAUACAAUUUAUUCGAAUAUAUAAAACAAAA